GAUUUUAGGAUAUUUAAAAAAGUUGGCUUUAUUUGCGUCUUCCUCGUCGCGUGGUUGCAAUCAAAUUCUCAGAGGCGAAGAGAAAAUUUUGAGUUGAAUGCAACAAUGGCGAUAAGAUUAUUAUCACAAACUCGCACCCUCUUGACUUCCCCUCCUAAUUUACGCGUGCAAUGUCUCUUCUCCACCUUCUCUCUCCCUUCUCUCGAACCCUCAAAUGACGCUGAAAUAGUCUCUGAAAUCCUCCUAAACCACCACAAUCCAUUUCACGCAAUGGAAUCGUCACUCCAACUUCACGGUAUCACUCUCUCUUCUUCACUUCUUCACCAAACCCUCCUCCGUCUCCGUCACAAUUCCAAAAUCGCCCUUUCCUUUUUCCACUAUUCCCUUUCUCUCCCUUCCUCCUCAGUCAAUACCACCACUUACAAUCUCAUCAUUGACAUUCUCUCCAAAGUUCGCCAAUUUGACGUUUCUUGGCAGCUUAUUAUUCAAAUGGACCAAAAUAACCUCCAACCCAAUUCACAUACUUUCUUGAUUCUUAUUCGUAGAUUAAUUUCUGCCGGUUUUACUCGUCAGGCGAUUCGUGCUUUUGAUGACAUGGAAUCUUUUAUUGCUGAGACUGUUAACCAGACCCAUUUUUGUUUCUUGCUUGAUACUCUAUGUAAAUAUGGUUAUAUCAAAGUAGCUGUUGAGGUUUUUAAUAAAAGAAAGUUUAGAUUUUUACCAAAUGUCAGAAUCUAUACUGUCUUAAUAUAUGGGUGGUGUAAAAUUGGUAGAAUUGAUAUGGCUGAGAGGUUUAUAAGAGAGAUGGAUGAGAUGGGUAUCGAGGCUAAUGUUGUUACUUAUAAUGUUUUAUUAGAUGGGAUUUGUAGGCGAGCGAAGUUGCAACCUGAGGGAAGGUUUGAGAGGACAAUUAUGAAAGCUGACAAGGUGUUUGAUGAAAUGCGUCAGAAAGGGAUUGAACCGGAUGUUACUAGUUUUUCUAUAUUGCUUCAUGUUUACAGCAGAGCUCAUAAGCCUCAGUUGACGGUUGAUAAGUUGAAGUUAAUGGAGGAGAUGGGUAUUUGUCCAACUGUUGCUACGUAUACUUCGGUUUUGAAGUGUCUUUGUUCUUGUGGGAGGAUUGAUGAUGCUGAAGAGUUGCUUGAACAGAUGGUUAGAAAUGGGGUUAGCCCUAAUGCGGCAACCUACAAUUGUUUCUUUAAAGAAUAUAGAGGAAGGAAGGACCCAGAAACUGCUCUGAAGUUGUAUAGAAAAAUCAGGCAGGAGAAUUUGUGUGAUCCGAGUGUGCAUACGUAUAAUAUAUUGCUUGGGAUGUUUAUGAAGUUGAAUCGAUUCAAUAUUGUAAAUGAGAUAUGGAACGACUUACGUUCAAGUGGUUCGGGGCCAGACUUGGAUUCUUAUACAUUGUUGGUUCAUGGACUAUGCGAGAAACAGAAGUGGCAAAAGGCAUGUCAGUUUUUUGUGGAGAUGAUAGAGAAGGGAUUGCUUCCUCAGAAGGCUACUUUUGAGAUGCUUUAUGCAGGACUAAUUCAGUCUAAUAUGUUGAGAACUUGGAGACGGUUGAAGAAGAAGCUCGACGAAGAGUCGAUAGCAUUUGGUUCAGAAUUUUCAAAUUAUCACCUAAAGCCGUAUAGAAGAUGAUAAACAAUGUGAGUCUGAAUUUACACAGUGACAGAAUUUCUUGACAGAGUAUGGAGAGGCAAGUCGAUACCCAGUUCAGGAAAUCAUUGGGAAAGACAGCUAAUAUGAUGCUGUUGGCUCUUUAAUUGACACACACAGCAGAAAGUGUUGUGAUGAUCAAGAAGGAUUAAUGACGUUUUUGAAGCAUGUUUCUGCUCAAAUAUCUUUUUAUUUUCUUAAAUUUGGCCGAAGUUCCUUCAUAACUUAUAGUUUUUGAUCUUGUAAGUGCAGGUAUAAUGUGAUAAAAUGCUAAUUAGACUUUGAUUAUACACU